AUGAUCAAGGCGAUCGGCGUGGACUUGGUCAAAGUGCUGCGGAUCAGCAGGAUCCUCCAGGGCCCUCGGCGGGCGCGGUUUCUCCAGCGGGUGCUCCAUGAUGCCGAGCUCACUGCACUCCGGAAAAUGCAGUCGCCGCAAAAGGCGCUGCAGUACGUUGCCGGGAGCUGGGCCGCUAAAGAGGCGGUGUUCAAGACAUUGGACGAGCGCGAGCAGCGCCAGUUCGUGUUCCGCGAGUGGCGGCGGCACCACGAGGCCGGCAGGCCCGGGAUCGGGCGCGGGCCAUCGGACAGCGGGCGGUUCCUCCUCUCCAUCUCACACGACGGGGACCACCUCGUGGCCAUGGUGGUGCGGGUGGAUCCGCACGGGGCUACGGGGGGCUGA